CUUACUUUCCUCCAUCCUCCCUCCAUCAUCCUUUCGUCGUGCCCAAUUUCUGUAGAUUAUUGUCCACGAUUUUUGAGUUAUCGUCAGCAUUGUCAUCAAAGAUCUAGCUCUCUCUCAGCUUACCCUCUGUCAGAGUCCGCCAUGGCUUUGUACGCGAGCGUUGUCUCAUACCCGCCACUUGGGCAGUUGACUUUGCUUCCAGCCAGCGACAAGAACUUGAGCUUUGUCGUUAAUCUUAAAUCGAACAAGGUCUUCCCGAACUUCCCCUGGGAAGUCUCCCUGUGUUAUAAAUCGGCAAAUGUUAGUGGGAAGAAGUGGUCGACUGUGCCGCUGCAACUGCAAGCAAGCCCGGUAUGCAUUCUCGAGAGUAAUAUGGUAGUCAAGAAUGAUCCGAUGUUGGCAAACUACGAGAACAUCUUCAUCACGAGCAUACCCGUCGAAUUAAUGCGUCACAACCACAUCGACUUCACAAUCAAAUUCCGAGUUGAUGAGUACUCUCCAUGGCAAUGGGUCGAGGAUCAGUUUGGAACAUGCAAUGGGGAGAUUCUACUACAAAAGCCGUUAGAGAGCCCAAUGAAUCUAGAUCCAUACUUGCAUCUAGGUAGGGACUGGGAAGUGGAACAAUUGUAUGUCGACGGCAAAAGCGCAACUUUUCAUCUACAGUCGCGGACAUCCCUUCCACCCGCCACGGAAGGAGAUGCUAAGCGCGAACAAUUGGUGCUUGGGAAAGUCCCUGGUCAGUUGAGAUUCAUGGCUCUUGUUCGCCUCCUGGAGCCAUGGUUAGGACCAAGACACGGAAACGCCGAAUUCUCAGUAGAGGAGGAUGCCAUCAUGUGCUGUUUCUUGAACGAAGCCGGGCAACAUCUCACGCUGCUUCCUAUGAAUGGCAUCGGCGAUGUACAGACGCUAAUUCGAUCCGAUGAAGAGUAUAUUGUCGUGGUUGUGGCACGAAAUGAUGGUCCUGAAUCUUGUACUUUCCGAGUGAUUGCUGCUGUUGCUUCCACGAUCGAGGAAUCGAUAUCUGCAGCGGUUGAUGCAGCUCGAGAUUUCGUCACCAAUUCUAGCGAGGCAAGACAAACGGCAUCUAAUAUUACAAAGGUGAUAAACGGCGAUCCGGAAAAUUUGCGGUCAUCGCCAGUUGAAGAUUGGUGCGAUGGACUGGCGUAUUGUACAUACAACUCCCUAGGAAUGCAUCUUGACAUCUCCAAGAUUCUUAAAGGCCUAGAGUCUCUUUCGAGAGCUGGAGUGACAGUAUCUUCCAUGAUUAUAGACGAUAAAUGGCAGAAGAUUAAUGAUCAGGAGAAUCCGGAUCUGUGGCAGUGUGCCUGGGAAGAUUUUGAAGCCGACAAGAAGUGCUUUCCGAACGGCCUAAAGUCAGCAAUCACCACGAUCCGUGAAAAGCACCCAGCACUCAAGGAUAUCGCCAUCUGGCAUGCUCUCCUUGGCUACUGGGGCGGUAUGUCGCCCAGUGGCCACAUUUCCCAAAAAUACCGAAUGAUUCAAGACAAGGCUCUUCUUCAGGGCCAUGUACCAGCUGUUAUUCACACCGUCCAUCCUGAAGAUGUCUAUAGGAUGUACGACGACUUCUAUAGCUUCUUGUCCUCGUGCGGAAUCACAUCGGUCAAGACCGAUGUCCAAUUUAUGAUCGAUCAAUUCCAGUCAACCAAAAUUCGAGGAUCCGUCCCGACAGCAUACCAAUCUGCCUGGACCACGGCGCACCUUCGGCACUUCCAAGGUAAAGCAAUUAGCUGUAUGAGCAUGAUCCCUCAGAUCCUCUUCCACUCAUUCCUCCCGACGAACAAUCCUGUCUGCGUUAUGCGAAACAGUGACGACUUCUUUCCAGAGAUUCGGUCGAGCCAUCCUCGCCAUCUCUUCCUCAACGCACAUAACGCCCUAUUCACGCAGAACCUCAACGUCCUGCCUGAUUGGGACAUGUUCCAGACAUCGCAUCCCUACUCGAGAUUCCACGCAGCUGCAAGAUGCAUUUCGGGUGGUCCCGUGUACAUAACGGAUUCUCCAAACGAGCAUGAUAUCGAACUCAUUCAUGAAAUGUCAGCACCAGAUCAGCACGGCAGGACUAUCAUUCUACGACCCACCAAUGUUGCCCGCACCAUCAGUGCCUAUGAUGCAUACUCUGAGGGACACUUGCUCAAAAUUGGAACGACUACGGGAGAGGGACGCCAUCAAGCCAGCAUUCUUGGUGUCUUUAAUAUCUCCGAGCAUGAAAAGACCUUUAUGCUCAAUGUUAACGAGAUCCUAAGCACAGCUUCAGAGCUACCGGCGGGCAAAGCUUUGAUCCGUUGUUACCGAAACUCGCUGACCUUCCCUCCCGUCGACCUCGCACAAUCGUAUACAUCGCCAUUGGUGAUCCAUGGCACCCUUAAUAGCUGCGAAUCAGACAUCUUCUCAGCUCAUCCUAUCCACGAAGUUGCACUAAUGGAUUCACUCGUCUCAGUUGCCGUGUUGGGACUGCUGGGAAAGAUGACGGGUGCAGCUGCCGUGUUGUCGGUUUGCAGCACCGUUGUCGACGACCUUAUCCGACUUGAUAUCGGCCUAAAGGCCCUGGGAAGGCUUGGCGUCUGGAUGGCUGAAUCAAGAGCAGGAUCUCGGCGGGUGUCUCCUAGUGAGAUGACUGCAAUGGUUCAGGGAACUGCUAUUCCGAAACGAUACCUGCUCAUAACUAGCGAUGCGAAUGGGUAUCAGGUUGAUAUUGAUUUGCUAACCGCUUGGAGAGACCUAGGCCUGCAGGGCUCUGACAGCAAAGAGAUCAGUGUCACGUUGUGGAUAUAGGUUUAAUGGCGUUUUCCGGGCGGGUUUGGUCAGAUUAGUUUCCGUAGGUUAGAUAGGUGUUGGGAUGGUUCAGAAUUAAAUGUGACUGAGAG